CUUAAAUCUUUUGAUUUUAAUUUUGAAAUUUUUCUUUUAUUUUUCACUCUUUUUUCUUGGUACUUUUUCUCUCUGACAAACAGAUCAAAUACACAUAUGCGCACUGGCACUCACAGUCCAUUGUGUUUUGUAUGUUCAUCACUCUCCUUGUGUAAUUAUACCACCCCUUAAAUUUAAAGAAGAAUACUUUGCUGCAGUCAUUCCGUUCCUCUUCUUGACUUUUAUUCUUUAUAUUUUCGCAUACAUACACACACACAUCUGACAAGCCAUGUCCGAACUAGACACGCUGUUCGAUACGUUCGAUCAGGAAGAGACUAAGGUGCAGGCACCCGUGGCGACCGCAGUGGCACCCCCGACCACAAAGCAGCCCGAGGAGAAAUACGCCAAGUCCAUGAUCUUUGUGCGCGGAAUCCCCAAGGACGCGUCCAACCAAGAGCUCGAGGAGUUCUUCAGCAACAUCGGUCCCGUCAGAUCGUGCUUUGUUGUCGGCGAGAAGGUUGAUGCGCCCGAGGGCGAGGAGACCACUGAGGCUGAUGCUGAGAAGAAGACCGACGAGGACAAAAAGGAGGCAAAACCCGCCAAGCCUGUGUCUGUUACCAACCGCGGUUUUGGAUUCGUGCAGUAUGUGCUUGCCGAGGAUGCCGCGCGCGCCAUCGAGGAGCUCUCCGAGACCAAGUUCCGGAACAAGAAGAGGCUGAUGCUUGACUUUGCCAUGAAGAAGCACGCCAGAGACGCGGAGGAUGGAGAUAACAAGCCGUCGGGCAAGCGGCCGAGACCUGAGCCUAAAAAGGUUGAGGAGCAGAAACAGAAGCUGAAGGAGAAGAAGGAGACUUUGGCUACAGCAGCGUCAGAGGACGGUCAGCCCAAAAAGCCAAAGUUCAACAGCGGCACAAAGGUUGUCUCGCGUUCUAUCAUAAUCAAGGGCAUCCCGGCGGGAGUCACCAAGCAGCAACUGAUCAAGAAGGUCAAAAAGUCUGGCAACCCGCACUCGGUCGUCUACCCGGUGGCAUUCUCUGGUGCGACUGCUGACCAGCUCAAGGACGGUGCCGGUGGAAUUGCGCACGUCACGUAUGACGACCACGCCAUGGCGCAGAAGGCCGCCCGGUCGCUGCACGACCAUAUCUUUAAGGGUGUCAAGCUUGACGCCAAGCUCAAGACCGAGUACAUCGACAAGAACGCCCGCCUGAUCGUGCGCAACCUGCCCUUUAAGGUGCGCGAGCGCGAGCUGGAGCACAUGUUCUCCGAGUGCGGCACGGUUCUCGAAGUCGACUUGCCCCGCAAGUUCACUGGUGGUCCCCUGCGCGGUUUUGCGUUUAUCCAGAUGGGCGAUUAUGAGUCUGGAGAGCGCGCUGUGGCCAAGUGGAACAACAACGACUACCAGGGCCGUUCCAUUUCGGUUGCAUUUGCCUUGGCCAAGGACAGAUUCAAGGAGCUCGAGGAGAAGGGCGAGGUCGAGAAGCAAGCGUUCGAGAUUGCUGCCGAGGCCGAUGAGGAUGUUGCGAUGGAGUCCGAUGCUGCCGAGGAGGAUGAUGAUGUUGAGAUGGAGUCUGGCGUCGAGGUCAUGAGCGACGAUGGCGCUUCCGACAAGGAGGAUAUGGAUAGCGACGAGAACGAGUCUGGGUUUGAGGACGAUGAUGAUGAGGACGACGAUGUGAUCGACGAGUCUCUGCAGGAGGGCUGCACACUUUUUAUUCGUAACCUGUCUUUUGACUCUGACGAGGAUGGCUUGUUUGAAAUGUUCCGCUCUUUCGGCAAGCUACGCUACACCCGCAUUGUCAACGACAACCAGACUGGAAAGUCGCGUGGCACUGCAUUUGUGUGCUUCUGGAACUCUGCCGACGCCAUCAAGUGCCUGGAGGCCGCGACCAAGGCCCAGGAGUUGUCGGAGAAGCUCGGCAGCGUGCCUGUGUCGAAGGUGUCUGACAAACGCAACAAGUCCAUCCUGCUGCAGGAGACGUCAGGCGCAGUCGACUUGACCUCGCAGUUUGUGCUUGACGGCCGCAUGCUGUCGGUCACCAAGGCUGUAGACCGCAACACCGCGCAUGGCCUGGCUACCGAGGGUCUCGAGAAGCGCAACGGCAAGGACAAGCGCAACGCGUAUUUGCUCAAGGAGGGAGUCGUGUUCCCCGAGACGCCAGCCGCAGCUCUUAUGGCGCCGACUGACCUCGAGCACCACAUGAAGGAGUACUCUGUGCGCAAGAACCAGAUUUACAAGAAUCCUAACCUGUACAUGUCCAUGACCCGUCUGACUGUACACAACAUCCCCCGCACCAUUGACGAGGCCGGGCUCCGCAGUGCCGCGGUUUCCGCCAUCUCCAGGUUCAAGCAGGAGAUCAAGGACAACAAGCGCAAGCCAUUGUCUGCUGAGGAGAUGGCCAACGGCUGGGACAAGAGGCCCCAUCUGUCGCAAGUCAAGAUUGUGCGGUCCUCAGACCGUGUCGAUGCUAACACUGGAAAGUCCCGCAGUUUGGGAUACGGAUUUAUCGAGUUUACCACCCACGCCCACGCGCUGGCCUGCCUGCGCUACCUCAACUUCCUCAACACCAGGCAAGCGUUCUCCAAAACUUCCCUUGGCGAAGAGGAGCCUGAGAACGACAAGAACAAGUCUGCCCAUGAGAUCUCUCGGAGAUCGCUGCGCGUGAUGUUUGCCAUUGAGAACGCUCAGAUCAUCAAGAAGAGAGAGCUGAGGUCAACGAUCGCCACCAAGCACCGCUCCAUGAAGGCUGACGCUGCUGCUGCCGGCGAUGAUGAUGAUGAAAGAUCGGAUAGCCGUGGUGGAAGAGGUGGCCGUGGGGGCUUCAGUGACAGCCGCGGCGGUAGCCGCGGUGGUCGCGGUGGGUUUGGCGAUAGCCGUGGUGGAAGAGGUGGCCGUGGAGGCUUCGGCGACAGCCGCGGCGGUAGCCGUGGUGGUCGUGGCGGGUUUGGCGAUAGCCGUGGCGGUAGCCGUGGUGGCCGUGGUGGGUUUGGCGAUAGCCGCGGCGGAAGAGGCGGCCGUGGCGGUAGCCGUGGUGGCUUCGGUGACAGCCGUGGUGGUAGCCGUGGUGGUCGCGGCGGCUCUUCAAGAGGCCGUGGCAAUAACAGGCCAUUUGGCGCUGGUCGGCAGGAUACCAAAGGCAAACAGACCAACCGUAGCAAGGAGACCCAGGGCAACUUCAGCAAGAGACACUGAUUGACACGAGGGGCAUCUAUAUUUUUUCAACUUAAAUUUUCAAUAUUUUCUAACUUUGGCUAUCCUUUUUGGCGAAACA